ACAAGUCUUUUCCGACCCCAUGGAGCUGUAUGAGACAUCCCCCUACUUCUACCAGGAACCCCGUUUCUAUGAUGGGGAGAACUACCUGCCUGUCCACCUCCAGGGCUUCGAGGCCCCAGGCUACGAGCGGACAGAGCUCAGCCUGAGUCCUGAGGCCCGAGGGCCCCUGGAGGACAAGGGACUGGGGACCCCCGAGCACUGUCCCGGCCAGUGCCUGCCAUGGGCCUGUAAGGUGUGUAAGAGGAAGUCUGUGUCCAUAGACCGGAGGAGGGCGGCCACGCUGAGGGAGAAGCGCAGGCUCAAGAAGGUGAAUGAGGCCUUUGAGGCCCUGAAGAGGAGCACCCUGCUCAACCCCAACCAGCGGCUGCCCAAGGUGGAGAUCCUGCGUAGCGCCAUCCAGUACAUCGAGCGCCUGCAGGCCCUGCUCAGCUCGCUCAACCAGGAGGAGCGCGACCUCCGCUACCGCGGCGGGGGUGGGCCCCAGCCAGGGGUGCCCAGCGAAUGCAGCCCCCAUAGUGCCUCCUGCAGCCCAGAGUGGGGCAGUGCACUGGAAUUCGGCCCCAAUGCAGGGGAUCAUUUACUUGCGACUGACCCUGCCGACGUCCACAACCUGCACUCCCUCACCUCCAUCGUGGACGGCAUCACAGUAGAGGACGUGUCCGUGGCCUUCCCAGAUGACACCAUGCCCAACUGAGACUUUUCGCCAGGCCGGGCGUCCACGCAAGCCCCCAAACUGGCCACAAAUGCCACUGCUUCUGCAGCAGGGGCCUCCUAAGCUUGGCUGUCCUGAUGCCAGGAAGCCAGUCCUGGGCUGCCACAGGCCAAACUAGUCCCUUCCUCAUCCAUGUAAGGUUAACCCACCACCCAGCAGGGGAACGGUUGCCCUGACUUAGCUGACUCCUUACAGCAGAGGGCGUCUCCUUUCCAGGGAGAUAAAGCAGGGGACCAGAGCGCCCCCUCGUGUGCGCCCCCAGCUCAGGGGGCAAACUCAGGAGCUUCCUUUUUGCCGUAAGGCAGCCUCUAAUUCCACACCCCCAAUGAAGCAGCUUGAGAGGCAAGGACGGUGUCCUGACCUGGACAAGCUGCAAACAUCUCCUGUUCUGGCCUCUCCCUGAUGCCAAUGGCUGGGCUGGGCCUGCCCUGAAUUGAGAGAGAAGAGAGGGAGAGGGACAGUCCUCUGUUCCCAAGUCCCUGGGGGGCCAAGUUUUUGCAGUGAAUAUUGGGAACCUUCCAGAGGUUUUAUGUUUUGUUUGUUUUGUUUUGUGUGUUCUUUGUAAAGCUCCAUUUGACCAAGGUCUCCUGUGCUGAAGUUGCCAGGGACAGGCAGGGAAGGGGGGCGGGGGAUCUUGGGUGAUUUUGUUGUUGUUGUUAACUAAGCAUUGUGUGGUUUUGCUACUGUUUUGUAUUUCUUUUCUUUUCUUUUCUUUUUUUUUUUUUUUUUUGCUAACUUAUUUGGAUUUCCUUUUUUAAAAAACAAAUAAAGACUGGUUGCUAGAAGGAUGUGGGUGAUGGUAUAUAGGAAGGGGAGUGACUAACAGCCCUGUCCCUUCUCACUCAGCAGUCCAGACACACCCUGGGGGAGGCUUCUGAGGACUGGGCGAUGGAGUUCCAAAACCCUGGAGGUGGUCUUGCUGGUCAGCCAGCACUGGCAACCCCUGCUCCUUUCUACCGUGUCAGUGGAAGCCAGGCAGGUCUGGUCCACAGGCCAGGUGAGGCCAGAUUCCACAGAAAUCUUUUUGGAACGUGGACGAAAACCUGCCGAGACUGCCCCCGCACUCCAACUCAGACGUUUGCAGCCUGCAGCACCGGGACGUUGGAAAAGUCAUGUGUAUUUUACUGUUUUUCUUUGCAAAAAUGCGUCUUGACUUUUCCAACAACCCAAUGUGUCCCAGUUGGUCCCUGGCUUGCAAUUCAUUGAGCAUGCUCAGUGCAUAACCCACAGCCAGGGGCCAGGGGCGGAGAGCUGGAAUUGGUGGGUUUCUCCCCAGCACACUGCCUGCCUCUCCCACUGUGCCACAUUACCAGAAGCCCUGUAGAGAAGUGGGAGGUGAUGAAAUCAACAGGAAUGGGGUCAAGCACUGUCGCUGCCUUGCAGAUCGAAUGGCACGUCCCUUCCCGUACUCUUCCAUUCCC